AUGCCUGUCAAAUGCGAUGAAAGCCUGUUAGAUGGUAACGCUAAGCAUGGAGGAAUUCGGGAAUUCGAAAACGUGAAUCACUCGCCGGCCGGCGUUAAUCACCGCUUUAAAGUACCAGUCUGGUUCUUUACGCGACGACUCGACGAGGUAUUUCACAUCACUGUCAUCACCAAUACCAUGUCUCUACAGGAGCAAUUCGACGCCGCUGCCGCCAAUGUGAGGAACCUGAAGUCGCUGCCCAGCGACGCCGAUCUUCUGGAGCUAUACGCGCUCUUCAAACAGGCCUCAGUUGGAGACGCUGACCCAGCCAAUAAACCUGGCAUGCUGGACUUCAAAGGCAAGGCGAAAUUCGAAGCGUGGAGUGGCAAGAAGGGUGUUUCCAAAGAGGACGCACAGAAAGCCUACAUCGCCAAAGUGGACAGCCUUGUCGCCUCUCUUGGCCUCCAAUAA